UAGACAACAACCAAUAAAAAAAUUCAACGUAAAAAUGUCCAUUACUCUUAUAUUACUGACAACUAUUAUAAUUCUAAUUUCAUUUAUAUUUAAUCAUAUCAAACGUAAACUCAGUUACUGGAAAAAUAAAAAUAUCCCCCACCAAAAACCCAGUCUAAUAGUGGGAAAUUUUCAAGGACUACGCAAGACCCACAGUAUUGCGGAAAUUUUUACUCAACAUUAUGAACAAUUUAAAGGCACCGGACCCUUUAGUGGUUUUUAUUUCAUACAUCGUGCAGCUGUAGUAGUAUUGGAUAAACAGUUAAUUAAAAAUAUUUUAAUUAAAGAUUUUAAUAAUUUUACCGAUCGGGGUUUAUACAGCAAUGAGAAAGAUGAUCCAUUAACUGGACGUCUCUUUCUAUUGGAUGGGGCGGAAUGGAAAAAUAUGAGAAGUAAAUUAUCACCUACAUUUAGUUCUGGUAAAAUGAAAGGAAUGUAUGAAUUAGUGUUAAAACAAGCCGAGGAAUUGGUAGAGGUAUUCAAUGAUUCGUUAAAUGAAAGUUCCAUUAUGGAAAUAAAAGAUAUUAUGGCCCGUUUUACCACCGAUGUUAUAGGAUCUUGUGCUUUUGGUUUAAAAUGCAAUAGUUUAAGAGAUCCUCAAGCAGAGUUCCAAGUAAUGGGCUUACGUUCCUUAAAUGAACGUAGACAUGGUCCUUUAAUAUCGGGCUUCAUGCAGGGCUUUCCAGAUUUGGCUAGAAAACUGCAUUUACGUUCUAUACCGGAUGAUAUCAAUGAGUUCUUUAUGCGCAUUGUUCGUGAAGUGGUAGAAUAUCGUGAGCAAAAUAAUAUAACUUGUAAUGAUUUUUUGGGUAUUUUAAUUAGUAUGAAAAAGGAAACAGGAGUUAAGUUAUCAUUGGAACAAAUGGCAGCUCAGGCUUUUGUUUUCUUUUUGGGAGGUUUUGAAACCUCAUCAUCAACAUUGGGUUUUGUUUUAUAUGAAUUGGCUUUGCAUCAGGAAAUGCAAGAUAAAUUAAGACAGGAAAUCAAAGAGUCUUUUAAGGAAAACAAUAUUGAUUAUGAGACCCUGCACCAACUGAAAUUUAUGGGACAUAUUAUUUCAGAAACUUUACGCAAAUACCCUGUAAUACCCCUAAUAACUCGCUUGGCCUUAAAUGAUUACCCGAUUCCAGACUAUCCUGAUUAUGUCAUCAAAAAAGGCAUGCCCGUUUUUAUACCCAUUUAUGCCUUUCACCAUGAUACCAAUUAUUAUCCAGAACCGGAAAAAUUUAAACCUGAAAGAUUUGCUUCACGAGAGGACAUUUGUAAAGAUUCUCUUCCCUGGCUACCGUUUGGUGAGGGUCCUCGCAACUGUAUUGGUUUACGUUUCGGUCUCAUGCAAACUAGAGUGGCUUUGGCGUACCUUUUAAAAUAUUUUAAAUUUUCGGUUAGUGAGAAGACCGAAAUUCCUUUGGUUUUGGAUAAGGCUUCAGUGCUUUUGUCUGCUAAGAAUGGUAUUUUCUUGAAAGUGGAGAAGAUAUUGUAAUUUGAAAAUAAGAUGUUUGCUUCCAAUAGUUUUUAAGUUAUAGUUUAAGUUCAGUUCUAGGUCAGCUAGUUCUA